GUCGCAUCAUCUGUUCUUUUCCCAGACAAACUCGCUACAAGAACUUCACAACAUGCAAAGGGUAAAGUGCUGGGGCCUGUGGUGGAUGAUCUUCCUGUCCAUGCUUUCACUCGGAGAAGAAUUUAACAUUUAUGAAAUACCUGGAUUAAAAAAUGGACUAUGCAAUCAAAUUACAGGAGUCACAUCUUUAUCCCUACCACCAUUGUACAGGAAUGUUGGGGAAUGUGAAGCUUCUUCAAGCAGCCUUCUGGAAAAUAUUACCAAAUGUUACAUGGAAAAUUUAAUCAACAUUUUGAAGAAAUUAAGAAGUCAUGGUGAAACUGUGGAAACAUUUAAAAUCCUGGAGAAAAUUUUGGAGGAAACAGAGGUGACUACAGCAACACUCAACCAAAUGUGUCAACAAAGUCACCAAAACAUUUUGGCUUUCCGACAAAAGCCCACCAUUCCUUUCAAUAGUCUUGCCAUUUCUGUCAAUGACUGUAAGGUGACAUCAGGUACGAUCAAUCCAGACAGUUUGGUGAGCGUUUGUCUGCCUAAAGAGUUGAAUCUUGGUGCGGAAAAUACAAUUGUGUUCUCCAUGAUUCAGCUUCCUAAAGAGGCGGCUUUGGAGCUCUUAGAUAAACUGUAUGAUCGUCGACUGAUUGGCCUGAGCGUGCGCUGCAAGACCAUUUCAGGACUUCAAGAACGAGUCAACGUCACCAUAAAAUUAACAACAAGCAUAAAUGAAACCCUGAGGCCAGAGUGUGUGUUCUUAAAUACUACAACACAAAAGUUUAGUGUGGAUGGAUGUUUUACCCUGUGGGAUCGUAAUCACAGUCAUGUCACCUGUUCCUGUGACCAUCUCACAUACUUUGGCGUGCUUUUGGUGUCUGCAGACCUCUCACCCAAAGAUGCUGAGAUCCUGUCUUGCAUCACUUACAUCGGCUGUGGUAUCUCUCUGUUUGCUCUCGUCAUCACUGUUUUGCUGUUCACAGUCAACAGAAAACUCAGAGCAGAUGAUUCCAAGAAGAUCCACAUCAGCCUGGCAGUCGCUCUGAUCCUCCUCAACGUUCACUUCCUCCCCAGCCAGGCGGCGGCAGCUUCGUCCUCCACUGAGCUUUGUCUCUAUGUGGCUCUUCUUCUUCACUACUCCCUGCUGGCCUCUUUCACCUGGAUGACCUUGGAGGGCUUCCACCUCUACCUUCUUCUGGUCAAAGUCUUCAAUAUCUAUGUGAGGCGGUACCUGCUGAAACUCAGCGUGGUGGGAUGGGGUCUUCCAGCGGUCAUUGUGUCAGUGGUGGUGAUCGUCGACAGAAACACAUAUGGUCGUACCUCUCUAAACUUGUCCAACCCCAACGGAACAACAGUAUGCUACAUAACUGAAGACAAAGUGAAGAUGGGGACCACACUUGGACUAUUCAGUUUGAUGUGCCUGUUCAAUCUGAUAAUGUUUGGAAUCACAGUGAAAUAUUUUGUGGACUCCCACAUGAGCAAAGAGCGCGGAUGGAGCGGCCUUAAAAACGCCAAGCGAGAAAUAGUCACAGUGCUGUUGCUUCUGGUUCUGCUGGGCCUCCCCUGGGGAGUGAUCUUCUUCUCGUUUGGUAACCUGACCACUCCUGCACUCUACGCCUUCUGCAUCCUAAACCCUCUGCAAGGUUUCUUCAUCUUCAUUUAUUUUGUGUUGUCUUUGAAAAAGACCAAAGACACGAGCUCUGAAAAACCUGAAAUCCACCAAAUAUCUGGAUGA